AUGGCUUCACCCACCAAAGAUCCCAUUACGUGUCACGUCCUUGACACUCAGGCCGGUAAACCCGCGCGCGGCAUCCGUGUCCGCCUUGAAGGUCCCAUCCCCCCUUCUGCCAAUCCGCACUCGGCCGCCCAGCCGAGAGCCAACACCUUUGAGUCCAUCACGGACGAGGACGGUCGCGUUACUUCAUGGUUGCCCUUUCUCUCCGAGGAUUCUGCUGGCGAGCCUCCUCUCCAAACGCUUGUUGAGAUUCUAGAGGACCGCAAGGGGCGGGGCUCAUCACGCUGGACGCUGCGUUUUGAUACCGGAGCUUACUUUGGCGAGGAGAACACCUUUUUCCCAGAGGUCACGGUUACCUUCCGUAUGGAGGAGAGGCAGACGUAUCAUGUACCUCUCCUGCUGAGCCCCUACAGCUACACGAGCUACCGUGGAAGUUAG